UGCAUUUGCUGGGUCCAGGUCAUUUGAGGCUACCCUUAGUCCCAGUUCUCACAGGAGGAGCAGAUUCCACCACUGUUCUUCACACAGGUGUCCCCUGGAGUGGGAGGGUCCAGGGCCCCUUCAGCUCUGAGGUCCCUUACCUCUUGGGGAGACAUGACACUGUUGGGCCAGGAAUAUCUGGAACACCUGAGGCAGAACCCAGACUCUCCCAUUGCUCAGCAGACAAACUUGGCGUCACUGCUGGGUGUCCAGGAUAGCCCUUACAAUGGCUUUGGUUCACUCAGCACUUUCUGAGCAUUUUUUUAGAUGCUGCAAUAGCAAAUUAUUAGAAGAGUCACUGUCCCCAAGCUGACACCUAAGCCUCAUAUAGAGAUAGGGCAUUCCAGACCCAGGCAGCUCAGACAAAGGCAUGGGCAUGAAGGUGGGAGCACAGACCAGUGGGAUGAGACGUAUGUGCGACCAACAGUGGCUCGUGCUGACCACACGCCUCUGAACCAGGCCUUGUGCUAGAAACGCCUUGAUGGUAAACAAGACACUCCUGUGCCCUGUUUGCACAGAGCUUAAAAUCUUCCUGCCUCUUGGCUUCCUGCCCCUCCCCCUGCUCUGAGUUUUUCCUUAAGGCAGUGUUUUCACCUGUUUAAAAUGUGGGUUCGAGACCCAGGCCCCAACCUAUGGAAUCAGUCUCUAAGGGUAGGGCUCUGGAAGAUAAAGCAAGAAAAAACUGUCAAUACCCAUAUCUUGAUAAUGCCUCUCUGGAAAGCCUGUUAAAAUGUACUACAUGGAAGAAGAGAAGCUAAUAACACGCAUACCACAAGUUUUUGCCCUUUAUUGCAGUUCACAUAUACUGCAUUUUUUACAAACUGAAGGUUUGUGGCAAUCUUGCCUCAAGCAAGCAUUUUUCCAACAGCAUUUGCUCACUUUGUGUCUGUCUGCUUCUGGUAAAUGAAGAUCUUGUAAACAUUGUUGAAAUAACAAAGGAUUUAGAAUAUUACGUAAUCUGAGUUGAUAAAGCAGCAUCAGGCUUUGAGAGAAUUUGAGAUUUCCAAUUUUGUAAGUUCUAUGGGUAAAGUUCUAUCAAACAGCUUCACAUGCUCCAGAGAAAUCGUGAAGGGAAGCGUCAAUCGAUGUGGCAGACUUCAUUGUCUUAUUUUACAAAAUUGCCACAGCUAUCCUGACCUUCAGCAACCACCAUCCUGGUCAGUCAGCAGCCAUCAACACUGCACCAGCGAAAAGAUUGUGACUCACUGAAGGCUCAGGUGAGGGUUAGCAUUUUUAGCAAUAAAGUAUUUUUAAAUUAAGGUAUGUAAAUUAUUUUAGAGAUAAUGCUAUCGCACACUUAAUAUGCUAUGGUAUAGUAUAAACAACUGCACUGGGAAAACAAAAAUAUUGCGAUUCACUUUAUUGUGAUACUCGCUUUAUUGCAGCAGUCUGGCACCGGGCCUUCAGUAUCUCCAAAGUUUACCUGUAGUUGAUCACCUAGAGAGUAGAACCACGACUGGAAAGUCUGGUUAGUCCAGGAGGUAGGGCAUGGCUAGCAGGACUGGGGGCCCAGCACAGGACCCUGAGCUAAGGGGGAAGUGGGAGGGCAUACAGAACCUUGGGGAGGGUGCCCAGUGGAGAGGGCACCUAGGGGAGCCCCAUGCACUUCGCCUCCCACUCCAGGCCGUCUGAGCAGGUGCACUGUGGCCUGGCCAGGUCUGGACAAGUCUCUCCACUCCGGACCUCUAUUUUCCCUUUAUGAAAGACAACGAAAGCCAAUCCCCACCUGAGUUUGCUUUUAUGUCAGUGGAGAAGGAGGGAACCAGACUACUCCUAAAAGAGAUCAGUGAAUUUGAGUGACUAACUUAGGUAAAUAUUGGCACUAUUUCUUUACUUUAGUAAGAAAUCGUGUUUGAAGGGUGCGCCAUUAGGUAUAUACUUGUUCGUGUUUACUCUUUAUGUAGAAUUUUUUAAAUUUUAAUUCUCCUUUACUAUCAAAUGUGCUUUUUCUCUAUCAUAAUAAGUGAUUUAAUUUUGCCUGGUUUAUAUGCUAUCGAAUACAUCUAAUUUCCCUUUAAAAAUAUUCAAUGGACUAACAUCAAAUAAAGUCUUUUAACUAUGUUAUAAAUCUUUUUUGAUCAUGACAGUUUAAAAAGUGUUUCCAACCCUCACUUACAUACUUAAAUAUACAUAACUCAAACAAAACUUUCACAAAACAAUACCUGCUCUUAUGUACAAUAUAUUCUGAUAUUUUCUUUUCAAUUCUCUUCCUGUUCAUACUUUUUAAAUCUUGGUCAAGAUCCAUAAAACUGAUUUCACGGCCCUCUGAUGGAUCAAAACCUGCCGUUUUAAAAACCCCACCCUGUGUAAACUUUCCAGAACAACUCUAUUUCCACUACCUUGUGUGGCUCUUACACUGUCCCGGGUGACUGUACUCCCAAUUUGCUGAGGAGGUAAAGGAUUCCACGAGGUAAAUUGUCCAAGACCACAAUCAGGCGUCCAGCGCUGCUGAGGUCUGUGUGAAGCUCCACACAGAACACUAGUCCCCCGAGGACUCUGACCUUAGGCGGGCCUUUCCCAGACCAGACCAGAUGGCAGUGGAGAGGGACACAAGGAGCACUGGGGAGGGAAGAGGAGUCAGUACAAAAGGCUCAGCGCCUCUGGCCAAUCAGAGCUGGCCUCACUCCGCUCUGUUCCAGGUAAUUGGCCCCAAGGAGGUUCCCAGCCCCCACCCCAUCCUGAGGCCGGCUUCCUCCAGCAGGUUCUGCUCUCAAACAAAUCUCUCCCAAUGCACUUCAACUCUGCUGGCCCUUGUGGGUGUGGUUCCAGAUGGACUGGAACUGCUUUGUCCCAGUCACAAGGGAUAGGUCGUUUCUAACCUGGCUUUUAGCUGAGAGGGUUUACGGAAGGCUGUCGCACCAGCUUCUCAGCAUGGCUCUCAAAGAGGGACUCAGAAACUGGCAGAGAGUCUUAUGGUGGCUGAUCCUACUUGCAGCUGGCCUCUUAGGGCUGCUCCUAUACGGGCUCCCUGGAGUCAGGCAUCUGGAGAUCUUCAUCCCCAUGGGCACCUGCCCUUUGGCCAAAAUGUCCCUGAGAGACAACUUCACAGGUCUCCUGCAUCUCUGGGCCCGGCCUGAUGUCCUGACCUGUACCUCCUGGGGAGCCCCCAUUCUUUGGGAUGGCACUUUCGAUCCAGAUGUGGCCCAGCAAGAGGCCAUACAGCAGAACCUCACUAUUGGGCUGACUGUUUUUGCUGUAGGCAGAUACCUGGAGAAGUACCUGGCGCGCUUCCUGGAGACAGCGGAGCAGCACUUCAUGGUGGGCCAGCGCGUGGUCUACUACGUGUUCACCGAGCGCCCAGCCGCCGUGCCCCGCCUGCCGCUGGGCCCGAGCCGCCAGCUGCGCGUGGAGCGCGUGCAGCGCGAGCGGCGCUGGCAGGACGUGUCGAUGGAGCGCAUGCGCACGCUGCACGCGGCGCUGGGCGGCCGGCUGGGCCGUGAGGCGCACUUCGUGUUUUGCAUGGAUGUGGACCAGCACUUUAGCGGCGCCUUCGGGCCGGAGUCCCUGGCCGAGUCAGUGGCGCAGCUGCACGCCUGGCACUACCACUGGCCGCAAUGGCUGCUGCCCUAUGAGCGGGACGCGCGCUCGGCCGCCGCGCUGGCGCCGGGCGAAGGCGACUUCUACUACCACGCGGCCCUGUUUGGGGGCAGCGUGGAGGCGCUGCGCGAGCUGACGGCACACUGCGCGCAGGGCCAGCAGCGGGACCGCACGCGCGGCCUCGAAGCGCGCUGGCACGAUGAGAGCCACCUCAACAAGUACUUCUGGUUGUACAAGCCCGCCAAGGUACUGUCGCCCGAGUUUUGCUGGAGCCCGGAAAUCGGCCCGAGAGCCGAGAUCCGGCACCCGCGUUUGCUCUGGGCGCCCAAGGAGUAUGCCUUGGUGCGCGACUAGGAAGCCACGGCUGGGCCUCACCUCACCUGCGGGACACCUUGGGCGCCGGGAAGGCUUAACAGCAAGAAGAGACCCUGAAGCCAUCGGG